CUAAAAAGACAUCAAAAGGUAAUCCAGGAAAACAACACUAUUGACCCCACAGCCAUCUGGCUUGGAGGACAGACAGCAGUGGAGAACUAUGAUAAUACAACAAGUCUUACUGCUACUGCUGCUCUGGAUGUGUCUGCCACAUUCCUGCUAUGCAGAAAUGCUGUUCAGAAGGACAACUGACCACCAACAGAAAGGCUUUGUGGCACGUGUAUCAGGGAGUGAUGGAAAAGCACUUCACCGCCAGAAACGGGGCUGGAUGUGGAACCAGUUCUUCUUGCUGGAGGAAUAUACAGGCUCUGAUUAUCAAUAUGUAGGGAAGCUUCACUCUGACCAGGACAAGGGAGAUGGGUCUCUCAAGUACAUUUUAUCAGGAGAUGGGGCUGGUACUCUUUUUAUUAUUGAUGAGAAAACAGGUGACAUUCAUGCCACUCGGAGGAUUGAUAGGGAGGAGAAAGCCUUUUACACCCUUCGUGCCCAGGCUAUUAACAGAAGAACUCUGAGGCCAGUGGAGCCUGAGUCAGAGUUUGUCAUAAAAAUCCAUGACAUUAAUGACAAUGAACCAACAUUUCCAGAAGAAAUAUAUACUGCUAGUGUUCCUGAAAUGUCAGUAGUUGGUACUUCUGUGGUGCAAGUCACAGCUACUGAUGCCGAUGACCCUUCAUAUGGAAACAGUGCCCGUGUCAUCUACAGCAUACUUCAGGGACAGCCAUAUUUCUCUGUGGAGCCAGAAACAGGCAUCAUCAGGACUGCUUUGCCAAACAUGAACAGAGAAAACAGGGAGCAGUACCAAGUAGUUAUCCAGGCAAAAGACAUGGGAGGCCAGAUGGGUGGAUUAUCAGGGACCACUACGGUGAACAUCACACUGACUGAUGUCAACGACAAUCCGCCGCGAUUCCCCCAGAACACCAUCCACCUCCGCAUUCCAGAAUCUUCCCCAGUUGGCACUGCCAUUGGCAGUGUAAAAGCCACUGAUGCUGACACUGGGAAAAAUGCAGAAAUGGAAUACAGAAUAGUUGAUGGCGAUGGAACAGAUAUGUUUGACAUUGUGACACAGAAGGACACACAGGAAGGCAUCAUAACUGUGCGCAAGCCACUGGACUAUGAGACGAGAAGGCUUUAUACACUGAAAGUAGAGGCUGAGAAUACCCAUGUGGAUCCACGAUUUUAUUAUCUUGGGCCUUUUAAAGAUACUACAAUUGUAAAAAUCUCUGUGGAAGAUGUGGAUGAACCUCCUGUCUUCAGCAGAUCCUCUUACCUUUUUGAGGUGCAUGAAGAUAUCGAGGUGGGGACAAUCAUAGGAACUGUGAUGGCACGGGAUCCUGAUUCUGCUUCAAGCCCUAUCAGAUUUUCUUUGGAUCGUCAUACUGAUCUUGACAGAAUAUUUAAUAUACACUCUGGAAAUGGAUCCAUCUACACUUCCAAACCACUUGACCGCGAGAUAUCACAGUGGCACAAUCUUAGUGUUAUAGCAGCCGAGAUCAACAAUCCCAAAGAUACCACUCGUGUUUCUGUUUAUGUUCGAAUUUUGGAUGUUAAUGACAACGCCCCGCAGUUUGCCGUAUUCUAUGAUACUUUUGUAUGUGAAAAUGCAAGAGCUGGACAGCUAAUACAGACCAUAAGUGCAGUAGACAAAGACGACCCCCUUGGAGGACAAAAAUUUUUCUUCAGUUUAGCUGCUGUUAACCCAAACUUUACUGUUCAAGAUAAUGAAGAUAACACUGCCAGAAUUUUGACGAGAAGAAAUGGCUUCAGUAGACAUGAAAUAAGCACCUAUUUCCUGCCAGUGGUGAUAUCGGACAAUGACUACCCAAUCCAGAGUAGCACUGGCACUCUGACCAUUCGAGUGUGCACCUGCGACAACCGUGGUAACAUGCAGUCGUGUAAUGCUGAGGCCUUGCUCCUUCCUGCUGGCCUGAGCACUGGUGCUCUAAUUGCUAUUCUUCUCUGCAUCAUUAUACUUCUAGUUAUAGUGGUGCUAUUUGCUGCUUUGAAGAGGCAGCGAAAGAAAGAGCCUCUGAUCCUGUCUAAAGAGGACAUCAGAGACAACAUUGUGAGUUAUAAUGAUGAAGGUGGUGGAGAGGAAGACACUCAAGCCUUUGAUAUUGGCACACUGAGAAAUCCUGCAGCUAUUGAAGAUAAGAAGCUUCGACGAGAUAUUAUUCCUGAAACAUUAUUUAUACCACGGAGGACUCCUUCAGCACCAAAUAAUACAGAUGUCCGAGAUUUCAUUAACCAAAGGCUAAAGGAGCAUGAUAUUGAUCCCUCUGCACCACCAUAUGAUUCACUUGCAACCUACGCCUACGAAGGAAAUGAUUCUAUAGCUGAAUCCUUGAGUUCCUUAGAGUCAGGUACUACUGAAGGAGACCAAAACUACGAUUACCUCAGAGAAUGGGGCCCUCGGUUUAAUAAGCUAGCUGAAAUGUAUGGUGGAGGAGAAAGUGACAAAGACACUUCUUAACCUCCAAUAGGGUCCAUUUGAGAGGAAGUAAUUUUACAGACACCUUCUCCACUCAACAAUAUUUAACAUUCAGGAAAAUUUUCCUGCCACUCAGCACAAUGGUUUUCUUUCUAAUUUGUUCAUUGUCAUUCAUUAUUUCUAGUAGGAUGUCACGGAAUAUAUACAGCAUUUUAUUUAAUCACCUUCCAAGAGCCAAAGCUAUGGAAAUUCAGUGUUGUCCAUUUUAGUAAGUAAAAGUACUUUCAGAAGCUUGAACAGGGUGAUAUUCCCUUAAGCAACCUCAUGUACAAGCCGCUUUUGUUAGGUACAUGUCCUACCCUUGCAAGUGCAGCUUUUAAGAAGGCAAAGAAAAAAAAAGUAUGUCCAGUUCUGUACAUUAAAAUUUUAAAAAAAUGUACAUGUGGUGUUAAUAAGUGUGAUAUGCAGCUGGUUUAAAAAAAGUUUGUGCAACUUCAUUUCAUCAAA